CCCUGUUUCAAGGCCUUGGCUCCACUUCCUCAUCUCUCCGCUUCUGCUUUCAGUUUUCACUUCAGUCAGUGGUGAGCUCUCAGCUGGCCCUGACCCCUGCCCAGUGUCUAGCCCCCUGGUGCAGGGCUCCGGGAGCCCCGGGAUUCUGCUGCGAUGGGGACGAAAUAUGUGGAGGAGACGGCGAAGAAAGCAGAGGAGCUGGCCCUGAAGCUGGCUAAGGCCAUCGAGGGCGGGGACAAGGAGCUGGCACGGGAGUGUGCUGGCUGGCUGGCCGAGCAGCGGGUGCCCGUGACGGUGCAGGUGAAGCUGGAGGCCUACCCCAAAAAGGAAAUCAGCUUGUGGGUGGGAGUGGAGGAUGCCCAGAUGACCACAGUCCCCAUCUACCUGCAAGUCAAUCCUCAUAUGACUUUGGCUUCUCUGAAGGACAUGGUAUUCCUCCACUACGGCUUCCCACCCAGUGUUCAGCAGUGGGUGGUGGGCAAGAGGCUCCCCGGAGACCAGGAGACCCUGCACUACAACGGCAUCCAGCGAGAUGGUGAUAUGGCCUAUCUCUACCUCAGGUCUGCCAAAGAGGCCAAGCUCAGCAAAGAGACAUUCCAGAGGGAGCGGCAGCGCCGAGUCCUGGCAGAACUGGGCUUCGGCGACAUCAGCCUGCAGCCUCGUGGGAGCCAGGAACCGGCGGACGUGGGGCUCGGAGCCGGGGUGCAGGAGCAGGACAGCCUGUGCAUGGAGGAGCUGAGGCAUGAGCUCUCGCAGGUGGAAGCCGCCCUGCCCCCUGAACCCCCCAAGGUCGGCUGGGUCUGUCCGAGCUGCACCUACGUCAACAAGCCCACCCGCCCCGGCUGCGAGAUCUGCUGCAAGGAGCGGCCCGAGGACUACGCGGUGCCCCCGGCUUACCAGCCGGACGAGGAGGAGCUGGCGAGGAUGAGGAACGAGGAGGAAGCUAUGAGGCAGUCCCUACAGGUGACGGAGCAGCAGAAGAUCGAGAACUACCAGCACAUCCUGCAGGUGGACAGGCAGAGCCUGGUGCCUGCCGCUGAAGUGAUCGAAUGUCCCAUCUGCUUUGUGACCCUGCAGCCUGGAAAGGGGGUGACCCUGCGGGAGUGCCUGCACUCCUUCUGCAGGGACUGUCUGAAGGGGACGAUCCUGAACAGCUUGGAGCCGGAGGUGCCCUGCCCGUACAUCGACGAGAAGUACUCCUGCACGGGACAGCUGCUGGAGCGUGAGAUCAAAGCGCUCCUGAGUGCUGCCGAAUACCAGCGCUUCCUGGACCUGGGCGUCUCCAUCGCCGAGAACCGCAGCCAGUCCAGCUACCACUGCAAGACCACGGAUUGUCGGGGCUGGUGCAUCUUCGAGGAUGACGUGAACGAGUUUGCCUGCCCCGUGUGCCAGAAGGUGAACUGCCUGCUCUGCAAGGCCAUUCACGAGACCAUGAACUGCAAGGAGUAUCAGGACGACCUCAAGCGCCGGGCUCAGAACGACCAGACUGCCAGGCAGACCACCGAGAUGCUGACGCUGAUGGUCCAGAGCGGGGAGGCUAUGCACUGUCCCACCUGUAAGAUCGUUGUCCAGAAGAAGGACGGCUGUGACUGGAUCCGCUGCACUGUCUGUCACACUGAGAUCUGCUGGGUGACCAAGGGGCCGCGCUGGGGGCCAGCGGGCCCGGGCGAUACCAACGGUGGCUGCCGCUGCAGGCUGAACGGCGCUCCUUGCCAUCCCCAGUGUCACAACUGCCACUGAGCACGCAGAAGCCAAGAGGAAGGAGGGGGUGGCCGCUCCCUACACAGUGCUCCAGCCCCGUUGGGGGGGCACACAGCUCCCCUCGAGCCCCUGGCUACUCUCCCCACCAUGCCUUCACAGCCUGGGGCCAGGCCUGUCGGUUUCUGGCUCCCUGAGCCCACCACAGACUCAUGUGUCCGCUCGGGGAAGGACUGCGCAGGUCAGCAGCCAUGGGGCGAGCGGAGCGUUCCUGUUUCAUGGAUUGAAGGCGGACUUAGGAGAAGGCUGGGUGCUGGCUGCCCCGUGCUGGGAACCCAGUGCCCUGUGAAAGUUGAGGGGGCCCUACCUCACAAGCUGCUCCCUUCGCGUGUCCUACUGCAGCAGCUGUGGAGAAAAUGACCGGGCUGGGUUGGAACAGCAGGCUGGGAACAUUCGGGCUCCUUUAGUUCAUGGAGGUGGCAGGUACAUUAGUGUCCCUCAGGCUUGAAGGAGCCCUUCCUCAUCCCUUAGGGAAAACAUGGCUCCCCCUCACCUACAGGUCAGCAUUGCAGCCUGAGCCAUUUUGCCAGCCACAGGGAAAAGGGUUUUUGGUGCCCCGCAUCUCCCAAGUGGCCAAGCAGAAAAAAGGGCCAGCCCCUCAGAGAGGAGCAAAACUGCUGAGCAGUGCAGGGGACUGCCUGGGCCACCACCCCUCCACCUGGCUCCAGUUACAGCCUCCAGCCUGCCCGCUGCAGCCCAUUGGCACUUCUCAGUCAGCUGGUGCAGCAGGCCCCAGCCCAGCUGGCGUGCACGGUCCGCUCCAGGGCACUGGGGACAGACCAGGCAGUGUUGGGUUCUUAGCAGGCAGCUUUCGUUGCCCUCCACCUGGAUUUACAAUAAAGAGCCGGAAGUUUGUGUGUCGACCCAGUGGUGCUAUGCUUGGUUAUGCAGAUAUGGCAUCUCCUGAGAGGCAGGUUUAGCCUGCCCCUCGCACAUCAGUGGGUUGUAGACGUAACUGCCAAACUAGGCCAAAUGAUUCCUGCUGGGGAGGGGCUGGUGUCUGUCAGCAACUGGUCUCACUGUGAGAGAAUCUCCACACAAGCUGCCAAGUCAGCAUCACUCCAUUGCCGUCCAUGCUGAUUUAUCCCACCCGAGGAGCCAGUCCCCUGGCUAAUGCCUGAGCCGUGCACGAGACCCCCCUGGGCUCCUGGCUAUUCAUGGGUAAAUCCCACUUCCCUUUACAAGAUCUGGCUACCUGGCUUUUCCUUCGGGGUGAAGUCCAACUCCCUUCCUGGCCUAUGCUGCUGGAUAGCAGAACGCUGGUAACUAGCUGCUGUUGUGCAGGGUGGGCUGCGUUUCACCAGCGGAUGAAGUGAUACAUCCAGUUUAACAUUCCUACAACAUAAACUUUAAACGUGAUUAUGAAAAUUACUUCUUGAGAGGAAGUCACAGCAUGCUAAAAAUAGCACCAGCCCACUCUAGCAAACCGCGUGCCUGAAACACGUCAUGGAGCUGGGGAGAGGCACACCAGCAGUGUCUGCAGGGCUGCUAAUGAACUCAAACCCAGCUGUAGAUGGUGCUGCCAGGCUGGGGUCAAUGGGAGACGACUGGAUGGGUGCCAAACAGCCUCCUUUCGAGGUGGCCAAGAGCAACAUGACCAGCAUCUCUGACCAUGGCACUAAGUGCAUUGCAGCCUCUCCCUGCUCGCCCGCCCAUUCUCUCGUCCUUUCACCUUCCUCAGUUCAGAAGUGAACCUGUGGCAAAGAGGGAACUAGAAACAAUGAAGCCCCUCGAGCAGCGACACAUCUGAGUCGGUGGCAGAGCUGGAAACAGAACCACAGGGUGACUCACUCACUGCACAGCAUGACCAGCUCCAGGCUCGGGAGAGACAGAAAAGCCAAUUUUGCACGGCCCAAGCUGCAAGCCACGUGCCUGGGCAGCCAGGAGACCUGCUAGCCCCGAGGCGCACUCACACGGGGGGAGGUAUGUGGUAACCGGGUAUUGCUGUUUAUUUUACACAGUUCUGUACAAAACAGCAUUUACACAUGUAUACAAGUCUUUAUACAGAGUAAACCACCUGAAGAGAACAGUGUCUUGUUGCAGGGGCCAUCCUGGCCUCCUCCAUGAAGGUGUGAAAAGAGAAUGAAACAGUUACGUUCCUGGAGAGACAGAGUGCAGGCCAAGCGCACCAGCUAUCAGUCUCCAGGGACCCUCAGCCACGGAAGGGUACUAAAGGCUCAGUAACCCCUCCAGGCGGGAAUGGGCUGGAAACCGCUCCGAGCAUGUAAGGCAGGGGUUCAUACUUAGAUGUGGGAGGUGUCUGACUGGAUCCCCAAGCUGUGGCGUUUUGAUCUGUACACGCAAGGGGAAAUCACACAGUGCACACAACACUCAGUGCCACAACAGGUCCCUGCAAUGGCACCUUGUCGCUUCACUAGGCAGCAGAGAUGUUUGUGUCUUUCCCUCAGGAGUCAGUAACAUCAAGUCUCCUCUUCCCUGUGUGUGGUGGAGGACCAGAGAGCUGGAACAGGCACUCAUAGCCUGUAACUGAAGCAUGGACAGAGGGUUUCGACCUUUAAUAAAGAUCUUUCCUGUCAACUGCAUCUGGUGUUGUAGCUAGAGGUGUUAACAGGAAAAACAAUGUUAAAAGCCGACUAUACCUCUCAACUGCUCAGUAUUUGCUCCUCGAUACCUGUGAUAUCAAUCCUACCAGCUCUCUAGCUGCCCAGCAUCUGAUAAGCAAAGCAGGUGAGACAAGAUCUGAAUUUCUAAUGUU